AUGGAGAUUGCAGGACAAGAAAACGCUGUUGGAAGUGGAGUACUAAGAGAGGCAUACUCUUUAUUUUGGGACAAUUUGUUGGCUAACAAUACCAUGGGUGAAACUGAGUUCACAAUUCCAAUGGCACCUCAUUUCACUUGUGAAGACUACGUAAGCAUCGGGAGAAUCGUCACCCAUCAAUUUGUUCAAUGUGGUGCUUUUCCUGUUAGAAUUUCUCAAGAAUCUAUCACACAAGCACUGCUUGGCGAUGUGUCCCCAGAGACGCUGAUUGCUUCGUUUCUUAAACUCUUGCCUCCUAGAGAGAGAGAAAUAAUUGAGAAAGGUUUAAGUGAUAGCACGGUAUUUUCCCAGGAUGAAAUAAUGGGAAAAUAUUAG